UAAAAAUUAAUGGUGAACAAAAAACUGUAGAUCCUGCACUUCUUUUUAGUAGAAUACUUUGCUCUGCAUCGUCUCCUGAAGAGAUAAAACAGUGUUUUAAGUAUGAAUUGGCUGCAUGGUCUCCUAGUUUGUUUGACAACGGAUUAUUACGAAAAACCAGCAAAUCAACGUUAUACAAAUUAUUUGAUAAGCUGCACCCGCCAUUACUUCAAAAUCCGAAUUCCAUAACACAUUAUGUAAUAGAUGGAGGGCACUUGCUACACAAAGUUGUUUGGCAAAACCCAGCAAUAUUUUCAGAUGUAUUUUCUCAAUACUACAAUUAUAUAAAAUAUCAUUAUGGUCAAAGUGUCACUGUUGUUUUCGACGGCUAUGAAGAAAUGCAAACCAAAAUUGUAGAGCAAAAUCGCAGGUCUUCGGGUAAAAAAAUGGUACCAAUUGUAUCUUUUUCCAAUCUAUCUGCAGUGAAGAUACCAAAAGCAGAUUUUUUGUCAAACAGCACUAACAAAAGCAACUUCAUACGGGCUCUCGGAAAAAUGUUGGUCGAAAAUGGAAUCAAUGUUAAAUUCGCUGAUGGUGAUGCUGAUACUCUUAUUGUAACUACUGCAGUCGCAAUAAGUGACAAUUUUCCUGAAGGUGCGGUAGCAGUAGUUAGCGACGAUACAGAUAUUAUGGUGUUAUUAAUCCAUUACUGUCAGAAGAGGCUGUUUAUGAUUCGUCCGGGAAAAUUAUCUAAACCAAAUAAAGUAACCAAUAUAUCGGCCUUACAACAAAGAUUGGGAGACCUAAAGGAUGUGAUUCUUAGUGUCCACGCUAUGACUGGUUGUGACACAACCUCUGCUGUGUUUAAUAAAGGCAAAAUUAAUUUAGUAAACACCGUUCAAAGGAAAAGGUUAUGUAACAUCUUAAAAGAAUUUUAUAAUCCUCAUGCUACAAAGGAGAAGUUAGAAGAAAUUACAACUCAAUUCUUUAUAGCAGCAUAUGUCAAAAGUGUACCACAAACACCAGAUUUGGAUAGUGUUAGAUACACACUUUAUCAACAGUAUGUAGCCAAACGAAGCCUUAAUACCAAUUUUAACUUGGCAUCAUUACCACCUACCUCAAACAGUGCAAAGUAUCACGGAUUUAGAGUUUUCCAUCAGGUACAGGCUUGGUUAAAUAACAAUUUACCACCGCAGGAUUGGGGGUGGAUCCUAAAAAAUGGAAAUCUGCACCCAAUUCAUUCAGACCAAGCCAUGGCACCUACAUGGGUUUUGCAAAAAAUUUUUUGCAAUUGCUCAUCAGGGGGCUGUAAAAAAGCAUGUAGAUGUAAGCGAAUGGGUCUUAGCUGCUCUAUGGCAUGUGGGCAAUGCAAUGGCAUUACUUGUAUGAACCCAACAUAUGUGGACGCAGAUGAAGACUCUUUUUAAGAUAAGUUCCCUAUUUUUGUUCUUUAAAUAUUAAACGUUCUAGCAUAUGUUGUGUAAUAAUUAUGUCUCCCACCCCCCACAAAUUACUCCCGAACCCGCAAUACCACUUCAUUGUAUUCUACAAGUUUUAUUUUUUGUCACUUUUUUCUAAAAUUCUUACUUGUAGGGUUAUUAAGAAUAAUGCAAAUAAAAUGUAAAUUUUACCUCACUUAAGGGGUGGUUUUAGGGUGAUGGACUCAACGCCUCAACGCUGGUGUUUCAGUGGGUAUUUAGUACCUUAAAACAAAGUACUAUGCGAAAUUUCAGCUUGAUAUUUCUAUUUUUUAGGAUUCAACUCCAGUAAGUACUCGUAAUUAAAUAAGUAGGUACCUUGUUCAACGAAUUGCUACAAAUUUUAUCUGCGCCACUAAACAUCUAAAAAAAUUGAUGUAGUUAUACCUAUUUCGUAGGAAAUUUUCUUCUCUACAAUUUUUCUCUCUUUACAUUUUUCCUUAAAAUGCUUAGUUUUAGAGUUAUUAGGACAAAUUUCGAAAAAGGUAGAUUUUACGCCACUUAAGGGGUGGUUUUGGGGUGACGGGCUCAACGUCUCGGCGCUGGGGUUUCAGAGGGU